AUGGGGGUGUGCGUGCGCGCGGCGACGAUUGAUGACCUGUGGGCGAUGCAGCGGUGUAACCUGAUGUGCCUGCCGGAGAAUUACCAGAUGAAGUACUACCUGUACCACGCCCUGAGUUGGCCGAGUUUGCUCCAAGUCGCCGACGUCGACGGCGCCGUCGUGGGCUACGUCCUCGCCAAGCUCGACGAGGAGUCCACGACGGAGAUCAAGGGGCACAUCACGUCUUUAUCGGUGCUGCGAACGCAUAGAAAAUUAGGGUUGGCGGCGACGCUCAUGCGCGCGGCGCAUCGGGCGUUGACGGAGUGCUACGGGGCGAGAGACGUGAGUUUACACGUCAGAGUGAGCAACGAGGCGGCGAUACAUCUGUACAGGGAUGUUUUGGCGUACGAGGAGGUCGGGGUGGAGGAGAAGUAUUACGCGGACGGGGAGAACGCGUAUAACAUGCGGUUGACGUUUGAUUACGGCGGCGAAGACGCAACGCGCGGACUCGCGCGCGACGCCGCCAAGCUCGCCGUCCACGCGUGA